UCCCAUCAAUUAACAACAUUGACUCGCUGUUGACGCCGUUUUCGUAAAAAGAAUUUAAUUUAUUUCCCAAACGCUCUAGAAAAUGGCCUUUGAUUCGAUCCCGAAAGAUCAGCGUGCGUUGCGUGCCUGUUUGUCGUGUUCUCUCGUAAAGGCAAUCGAACAAUUCGAAAACGAUGGAUGCGACAACUGCGAAGAGUUUCUACGCAUGAAAAACAAUCGCGACCAGGUUUACGAUUGCACCAGCAACAAUUUCGAUGGGAUGAUUGCAGUGAUGAGUCCGGAUGAUAGCUGGGUGUGUAAAUGGCAACGAAUAAACCGUUUCACCAAGGGCAUCUACGCCAUCUCCGUUUCCGGAAGACUACCGCCCAACGUGGUCAGGGAGAUGAAGAACCGCGGCAUCACAUACCGCGUCAGGGACACCAGUCAACGAUAACCUGCUGGGCCUCACGAGACUGUAUGACGGACUGUGUAUAUUUUUAAUAUGAAAUACAUUUCUUAA